GAUGGAGACCUGCCCCGUGAUCCUCACGCCCGGCAUGUGCAUCGGCGGCGCCGGGCUCGCGCCCGUCGUGGUGCCCAACAAGGCGCUCGACGCCAAGGACGAGGGCGAGUGGCCGUCCGACGUCAACAAGGUCCCCAUCCCAUUCUUCGACUCGGGCGUCUUCAUCACGGAGCUCAUCAACCAGAAGAUGCUGCCCAAGAAGCUCAGCGACGUCCUGACCGACGACGAGAAGACGGCCAGCCGCAGCAACCCCGAGUCCAUGCUGGGCAGGGCCCACGAGGAGAGGAACGCCAUCAAGAACAAUAUCAGCCAGGGCUCGUACCGCGGCACCCAGUUGGCGCUGACCAAGGCGUACAACCUCAUCGAGACGAAAUACACCUCGUUCAUGGACACGGCCAACUUUGAGCCCACUGUGCCCUCGCCGUUGACCUUGGAACAGAAGCGUCAGUUCUUCAAGUUCACAAUGCCGGCAGACGAGCCCAGCACGACCGGAAACCAUGCGGUCGAUGAUGCGGACAACUACCCUCCCCACCUCAACCUCGGCGCACAGCAGGCGCUGGCCCCGGGCCAGCCGGGCGCCCCGGCCACCAACUUCGGGCUGAGCAUGGCCCCCGGCGACAUCUUCAACAAGAUGCGCCUGGCCCAGCUCAGCACGCUCCUGCCCUCCAUCAUGCCCGGCGGCUUCGUCGAGAACGCGGAGCAGAAGCUCGGCCAGGGCCUGGCCUACCUCAAGUUCGGCGGCAUGGGCACGCCCGACGGCGGCAAGACGAUAGCCGAGGUCGAGGACUACAACAACCGGGAGCACAGCAAGCUCUGGUACCAGAAGGACAUUUUCGACCUCGCCAACAUUGGAAACCUCCCCACCAAGGACUGGUUUUCCGACUCCCGCUUCGCCCAGCAGUUCUUCACGGGCGGCGACCCGUCCACCAUCACCAAGGCCGGCGAGUGGACGCAGAUCUUCAUCGACGCGGCCACGGACCCCGCCGACGCGGCCAUGAAGGCCAAGAUCCAGGCGCGCGCCGGCUCGCUGUACGUGCAGGACUACAGCUACUUCCGCCGCAUCGCCGGCUACGGGCCCAAGGACGAGAUGUCGGCCCAGCCCAAGCUGGGCGGCGAGACGCGCAACAAGCGCUGGAGCGUCUCGUCCGUGUGCCUGCUCAACCUGGCCGACAACGGGAGGCUGGAGCCGCUCGCCAUCAUCAUCGACUGGCUCGGCAGCGCCGCCGACUCGGUCUUCAUCUACAACAAGGAGCUGAGCCUCACCAAGCAGAAGGAGGACUGGCCCUGGCGUUAUGCCAAAACCUGCGUCAUGUCGAGCGACUGGAUCCGCCACAACAUCACCGUCCACCUGUGCCGCACCCAUCUGGUCGAGGAGAGCGUCAUCGUGGCCGCCAACCGCACCAUCCCGCAGGACCACGACGUGUACCAGCUGCUGUACCCGCACUGGCAAAAGACGCUGUCCCUCAACGCCGCCGCCCGCACCAGCCUCGUCCCCCUGGUCGUCGCCCCGCUGCUGGGCAUGGCGCCCAACCACGUGUACAAGUACCUCAUGAGUGAGUACCGCAGCUACGACUUCCAGGGCUCCUACAUACCCCGCGACCUCGCCGCCCGCGGCUUCCCGGUCGACAGGCUCAACGACAAAAAGUACCACAACUACGCCUGGGCCCGCUGCAUCCACAGCAUGUGGUUCAAGCUCCGCGCCUUCGUCGCCGACAUGCUGGCCCUCAAGUACCCCGGGCCGGACGCCGACGCGCAGGUGCUGGCGGACAAGCCCGUGCAGGACUGGUCGAGCGAGAUGCGCAGCCCCACGGCGGCCGACGGCUCGGGCGCCAGCAUCUCGAGCUUCCCCGAGCUCAAGACGUUCGACGCCCUCGUCGACGCCGUCACCAUGUGCAUCCACAUCGCGUCGCCGCAGCACACGUCGGUCAACUACCUGCAGAACUACUACCAGGCCUUUGUCGUCAACAAGCCGCCCGCCCUGUUCGCCGCCCCUCCCACGACCCGGGAGCAGCUGGCCCGGUACGGCGAGCCGGAGCUGGUGGCGGCGCUGCCCAUGAACCAGACGCACGACUGGCUCAUGGCGUCGCACAUCCCGUACCUGCUGUCGGCCAAGCCGGGCGACAAGGAGUCGCUCAUCAUCUACGCGGCCUCAAAGUACCACGUCUACAAGCUCAAGGACGGCGCCAAAGACAAGGCCAUCGCCGACGCCGCCGCGAGGUUCUACACGUCCCUGGCCGAGAGCGAGCAGGAGUUCAGGGGCUACGGGCAGGACACGGACGACAACGACACCAUCGUCUACGACGUCCUGAGCCCGAGCUGGAACGCCGUCAGCAUCCUGAUCUAGUGGGGGUGCUGGGCCGUGGGCGGAGGGGAAUUAUGUCGUCGUCCACUGCAAGGUUCCACUCCUAUGAUUUGUAUUUUAUUUUCGACAUUUUUAGCGAUUAUCAUUAUUAUCACCUAUUUUACUAACAGUGCCACUCAUUCUCUCGAUGGGGAAUUUCAUCAAGUCCUGCUUCCUGUUC